GCCGCUGGGUGGCAGCACUGUGUCACCAUCAAUGCGACGUCAGGAAAAAAGUAAACGAAGAAGAAGAACAAAAAUGAGCAGCGCUAAAGUGCUACAGCAAAACAUUUUAGUGUCCCUUUAAUAUUUUCGUUUACAAAUAUUUAUAGGAAUAUCCAGUAUAUUCUCUACUGUUGUUGAUAACGCGUAAAAAAAUGAAUGAAAUUGUGAUGGAAAGCGAACCUCAGUUUGGAGUCGCCGAAGCUUGGGACAACGUCACAGCAGCGCUGAUGUGUCCUGGCAGGACGGUGGACCAGAACCUGUCAGACUCCCUAGUUGUGUUGGCCGGGCAAGGUCUGGGUCAGCUACUGGCCAGCUGGUUACUGGAGACGCUGCAGAUGCGUCUGUCGUCUUCCGUGGUUCCGGAGUUCUGGUCUGGAUUCAGGCAGGUGGAGAACGAGCUGGAGGAGAGAGGUCGGGCCUGGGUUCUCCUCACCGCGUUCCGGACUCUCCUGGACCGUCUCCAGCCGUUUUUGGUUGGCUUGGACAGGCUCGGAACGUGGCAGGAUGAGGGCCGUGACGGACUGUGUGGACCGGGACCCGGGACCCUCAGGGAGCGGGCCUACACCGUCAUCAGGGGUCUCCUCCUUUUCCCCCCGUCACGGGUUCUCCAGGAUCGGGUGCUGGAGUUCUACAGCAGGACCUUCUCUGUGUAUAUGAAGCAGGAGGGGCAGGAGGGGCAGGGCGGGGCCGUGGGCUCCGAGGCUCCAGAUGCGGGCUCCUGCCCCGGCUGUGCGGUCCCAAACGAGGAGUGCUGGUGCGAGGAGGCCCUCAAACACCUGCAUGAGCUCAGCCACAUUCUGUCCAAGAUGGAGCUGCUGGAGUGGGUCAGCUCGGACGCCGUCACCUCCAUCCUGCACAGACUCAUCGAGCGCUGGAUGGAGCAGCACUGCAGGGGCGAGUACGAGCGCUCUUUCCUGCUCGACUUUCAGGAGUGGCUGGAGCUGGUGGUGGGCUGGCUGGGCCGCGUCUUCGCCAGCCACAUCCAGGGUGCGGCGUCUUCCAGCUCGGUGCUGAAGCAGUGGAGAUGCCACAUGCACCAGUUCUUCUGCAGGAUCUACGUCAACAUGAGGAUCGAAGAGCUCUUCAGCAUUAUCCGAGACUUCCCAGAAUCCAAAGCCGCCAUUGAAGACCUCAAGUUCUGUUUAGAAAGAACAAACCAACGCCAGCAGCUCCUCACCUCGCUCAAAUCCACGUUUGAGAGCCGUCUGCUGCACCCUGGUGUCCACACAUCUGAUAUCCUUACCGUUUACAUCUCGGCUAUCAAGACACUUCGCGAGCUGGACCCGUCCAUGGUCAUCCUGCAGGUGGCCUGUCAGCCAAUCCGAAAAUACCUCAGGACGCGCGAGGACACGGUGCGGCAGAUCGUGGACGGCCUGACCGGGGACGCAGUGACCGGCUGCACCGACCUGGCCUCGGAGCUGUCCCGGGGUGACCCGGUCACGCUGGAGAUGCAGGACAGCGACGAGGAAGGCGGCGACCCGGAGAGCUGGACUCCGGACCCCACCGACGCCGUUGCCGACAAGUCGGGCCCCAAGCGGCGCUCGUCCGACAUCAUCAGCCUGCUGGUCAGCAUCUACGGCAGUAAGGACAUCUUCAUCAACGAGUACAGGACAGUGCUGGCCGACCGGCUGCUGCAGCAGCUCAACUACAACACCGCCAGGGAGAUUCGCAACGUGGAGCUGCUGAAGCUUCGCUUUGGAGAGUCACACAUGCAUUUCUGCGAGGUCAUGCUGAAGGACAUGGCUGACUCUCGUCGCAUUAACACAAACAUCGGCGAGGAGGACUCAAGGUUGGGGGAGGAGCCUGCGUCCUCAUGGCUCUCGGCCAUCAUCCUGUCGUCUGAGUUCUGGCCAACAUUGAAGGAGGAGAAGCUGGAGCUGCCGCCGCUCAUCUGCAGCGCCAUGGAGGCGUACACGCGGCGCUACGAGAAGCUGAAGGCCAUGAGGACGCUGAGCUGGAAGCCUCACCUGGGCUCCGUCACUCUGGACGUGGAGCUGGAAGACCGCACGCUGAGCAACCUUAACGUCUCGCCGGUCCACGCCGCCAUCAUCCUGCACUUCCAGGACAAGAGUUCGUGGACACUGGAGGAGCUGAGCGUGGAGCUGAGCGUUCCCAAAGAGGUGGUGCACAGGAAGCUGGCGCUGUGGCAGCAGCACGGCGUGCUGCGGGAGGAGGGCGGCGGGCGUUACAGCGUACUGGAGAGAGGAUCUUCCACAGAGGAGAUGGAGAGAGGAGUCAUGCUGAUCGACAGCGACGAGGAGAGAGACUCCAACACCACCACGCAGUCGGAGCAGCGCGAGGAGAAGCUGCAGCUCUUCUGGGCCUACAUCCAGGCCAUGCUGACCAACCUGGACGCCAUGACCCUGGAACGCAUCCACUCCAUGUUGAGGAUGUUCGUCACCACGGGACCCGUCGUCACGGAGAUGGACGUCAACGAGCUGGAGGCCUUCUUGCAUAGGAAGGUCAGGGAGCAUCAGCUGAUGUUCUCUGCUGGGGUCUACAGACUUCCAAAGACCACCUGA